CGCCGCCGCCCCGCGGCCGUGCUGGAAUCGCACCUGUGCGGGACACUGCAGUGGGUCGGCUUGCUGCCGGGGUGCCAACACGGAGCAUGCCUUCCCGGGGGGCUGUAAGCCUUCAGCGUGCCGCGCUCGAUCAUCUGGCUUCCGAGGGGCUUGAAGCCCGUGCAUUGAACAGGGCAGAAGAGCACCCGAUUACCAGCAGCAGAUGUUGUACCGGCUGCAGAACACCGAGGACUGGGCAGCAUCCAAAUACCUUUCAACGACCUCUCACUUGGGCUCAUCUUUGUCUGAAACUUCAAAUAUGUUGAGGUUAGCAUUCUGUGAAGGAAGAUGCUUUGUAGGAGUAAGAGCCUCAGCUCCGUGGUCUAUUCCUAUCACUGCUAUCUCUGAACAACAACUUUUUCACAUAAAUUGACAAAAGUGCAGAAGACAUGGCCAGUUCAGCACGAGAACAUCUGCUUUUUGUGCGACGUCGCAAUCCACAGCUCCGGUAUACUCUGAGCCCAGAGAAUCUGCAGAGUUUGGCAUCUCAGGGCACGAUGGCUGAGAACAUGAACUUGCAGCGUGCCAACAGUGACACUGAUUUAGUGACCUCAGAUAGCAGAUCUAGUUUGACAGCCAGCAUGUAUGAAUACACCUUGGGGCAGUCUCAGAACCUUAUCAUUUUCUGGGAUAUUAAAGAAGAAGUUGAUCCGACUGACUGGAUUGGACUUUAUCACAUAGAUGAGAACUCUCCAGCCAAUUUCUGGGAUUCCAAAAAUCGUGGAGUGACUGGCACACAGAAAGGACAAAUUGUAUGGCGAAUUGAACCUGGCCCUUAUUUUAUGGAAUCUGAAAUAAAGAUCUGUUUUAAAUACUACCAUGGUGUUAGUGGAGCCCUCCGAGCUACUACUCCAUGUAUCACUGUGAAAAACCCUGCUGUGAUGAUGGGAGUAGAAGGCACGGAUGAAGGUGCUUCUGGAGCCCAGCACUCUCGGAAGUUAGUCAGCUUUACCCUAUCAGAUAUUAGAGCAGUUGGGCUUAAAAAAGGCAUGUUCUUCAACCCCGAUCCUUAUCUAAAGAUGUCCAUUCAGCCAGGCAAGAAAAGUACAUUUCCUACAUUUGCUCAUCAUGGUCAGGAAAGAAGGUCGACCAUCAUCAGUAACACAACUAACCCUGUUUGGCACAGAGAGAAAUAUUCUUUUGUUGCACUUCUAACAGAUGUCUUGGAAAUUGAGGUUAAAGACAAAUUUGCCAAGAGUCGUCCAAUCAUCAAGCGCUUUCUUGGGAAGCUAACCAUACCAGUCCAGAGACUAUUGGAGAGACAUGCAAUUGGAGACCAGAUUCUCAGUUAUAAUCUUGGCAGAAGGCUCCCAGCUGAUCAUGUAAGUGGCUAUCUCCAGUUCAAAGUGGAAAUCACAUCUUCAGUUCAUGAAGAUGCAUCACCAGAAACAGUCGGCACUUUGCUAGGAGUGAACUCUGUAAAUGGAGACUUGGGGAGCCCCUCUGAUGAUGAGGACAUGCCAACAGGACAUCACGAUACAUCCACAGUGUGUUCCAAUGGGCCAGUCCUUGAGGAAUCUUCUGGAGAAACAAUCCAAAGACAUAUUUUAAGGACUAGUACAACUCUGGAAACAGACCAGGAUGAGAUAACCUCAGGUGCUUCAAGAUCAUCACCUACAAGAGGUCGCCAGGACUCACUAAAUGACUAUCUGGAUGCAAUAGAACACAAUGCUCAUCCCAGACCUGGGACGUCUGCCUCUGGUGAACGUCCACGUGGAGCCUCCCCAAAACUGAGGAGUAGCUUCCCUACUGACACAAGACUUAAUGCGAUGCUUCACAUUGACUCGGAUGAAGAGGAACAUGAGCUACAUCAAGACCUGGGUUUUCCAUCUUCCUUGGAAGAUGAUGGUGGUUUGGUAAUGCUUAAUGGUGCUACAAGAAGUGUUGAAAGAGAUGGUUUAAGUUGCUCAUCAGAUCAGGUAACACAGGGGCCUGCAGAGAAUGAAAAUGUUUCAGCCUCUGAAGCUCCUUUGCCUUCAAGUGAUGACCAGCCAGAGAGUCUCCCAGAGCUUCCACCAUCACAGUUAGCAGAAGGGGAAAGUCCACAAGGUUCUCAAAGUGAAACACCAGCAGAGCAGGCUGGCAGAGGGUCGUAUGCUGCUCAGGAGGUAGAGCAGCCUCCUAGCAGUACAGAUGCAGGAGCUGCCGAUGCUGCUGCUGGGAGCAGAAGGGGUGUUAGUGAAACGGAAUCCAUUGAUCAAGGGUCUGAACCUUCCCAGCUGUCAUCAGAAACUGAGCAGAGUGAUCCUGCUCGCACGGAAAGUGUCAGUGAGGCUAGUACCCGACAGGAAGGGGAGAGCGAUGUGGAAGGGGCAGACAGCUCUUGCAACGAAAGUGCAACUGUGCGUCGUUCCUCAGUUGAAAUGCGGUGUUCUUUUGAAAGUGCUAGGUUUCCUGAGACUCCCACCUUCUCUCCUCAGGAAGAGGAAGAGGGAGCUUGUGCCACUGAUGUGGCUAGAACUCAGCCAGCUGCUGAAACACAAGACUUUGCAAGUACUUCGGGCUCUUUGCCUGCAGUACAGUUACCUCAGGAGGAAGUACAGGAGGCUGAAGCAGGUGAAUUACAAGACCAAGAGGAAGCAGAAGAAAUCUGGCAAAGAAGAAGUCUGCAGGCGGCAGCUGCCAAUAGCCAGUCUCAGGAUGAAGAAACGGAAGGAGCCCAAGCAGCUUGUGAGGGUGCCACAGCACAGGUUGAAGGAGCUACUGGAGGUGCUCAAGCCAAUGGCCAUCAGCCCUUGAGGUCGCUGCCUUCGGUACGUCAGGAUGUUAGCCGGUACCAGAGAGUGGAUGAAGCUCUGCCACCAAACUGGGAAGCUCGAAUUGACAGCCAUGGACGAAUUUUUUAUGUGGACCAUGUGAACAGGACGACAACGUGGCAGCGACCCACAGCUCCCCCAGCCCCACAGAUUCUCCAGCGGUCAAAUUCCAUACAGCAAAUGGAACAGCUGAAUCGCCGGUACCAGAGCAUCCGCAGAACAAUGACUAAUGACAGGCCUGAAGAGCAUACAAAUGCAGUGGAUGGAGCUGGAGAGGAAACUGACUUUCACCAUUCUAAUGCAGAUUUUCGAAGAGAGAAUGUGCUGCCUCACUCUACCUCCAGAUCCAGACUUACUUUAUUGCUCCAGUCUCCCCCUGUGAAAUUUCUUAUCAGCCCAGAGUUCUUUACAGUGCUGCAUUCUAACCCUAGUGCCUACCGCAUGUUUACAAAUAACACGUGUUUGAAGCACAUGAUCACCAAAGUCCGGCGGGACACCCACCAUUUUGAGCGCUACCAGCAUAAUCGUGAUUUGGUUGGCUUCCUAAACAUGUUUGCUAACAAACAGCUGGAGCUGCCAAGAGGUUGGGAAAUGAAACACGACCAUCAGGGCAAGGCUUUCUUCGUUGACCACAAUUCCCGCACGACCACAUUCAUUGACCCUCGGCUUCCCUUGCAGAGCAGCAGGCCCACUAGUGCUUUAGUCCAUCGGCAGCACUUAACCAGGCAACGCAGCCACAGUGCUGGUGAAGUUGGCGAGGACUCCCGUCAUUCAGGACCACCAGUUCUACCAAGACCAUCCAGCACAUUUAAUACAGUCAGCAGAGCUCAGUACCAGGAUGUGGUUCCAGUGGCUUACAAUGACAAGAUUGUUGCAUUUUUGCGGCAGCCCAAUAUCUUUGAAAUUCUACAAGAGCGUCAACCAGAUCUUACCAGGAAUCAUUCACUCAGGGAGAAGAUCCAGUUCAUCCGGACAGAAGGAACACCUGGGUUGGUGCGUUUAUCCAGUGAUGCAGACCUUGUCAUGUUGCUCAGCUUGUUCGAAGAGGAGAUCAUGUCAUAUGUGCCGCCACAUGCCUUACUUCAUCCUAGUUAUUGCCAGUCCCCAAGAGGCUCACCAGUGUCCUCGCCUCAGAACUCUCCAGGUACUCAGCGUGCCAAUGCCCGAGCUCCUGCUCCUUACAAAAGAGAUUUUGAAGCCAAGCUGAGGAACUUUUACAGGAAGUUGGAGACUAAAGGAUAUGGACAAGGCCCAGGGAAAUUGAAAUUAAUCAUCAGGCGAGAUCACUUGCUAGAAGAUGCCUUCAACCAGAUUAUGGGUUACUCAAGAAAAGACCUGCAGAGAAAUAAGCUCUAUGUCACAUUUGUUGGGGAAGAAGGGUUGGACUACAGUGGACCUUCAAGAGAGUUUUUUUUCCUGGUAUCUAGAGAGCUCUUCAAUCCAUAUUAUGGUUUGUUUGAAUAUUCAGCCAACGAUACCUAUACAGUACAAAUAAGUCCCAUGUCUGCUUUUGUAGACAAUCAUCAUGAGUGGUUCAGGUUUAGUGGUCGAAUCCUUGGUCUUGCUCUGAUACAUCAAUAUUUGCUGGAUGCCUUCUUUACACGACCCUUUUAUAAAGCCCUUCUCCGAAUACUCUGUGACCUGAGUGACCUGGAAUAUCUUGAUGAGGAGUUUCACCAGAGUUUGCAGUGGAUGAAAGACAAUGAUAUACAUGAUAUCCUAGACCUCACGUUUACUGUAAAUGAAGAAGUUUUUGGGCAGAUCACAGAACGGGAAUUAAAGCCAGGAGGUGCCAACAUUCCAGUCACUGAAAAGAACAAGAAAGAAUAUAUAGAAAGAAUGGUAAAAUGGAGAAUUGAGAGAGGAGUUGUACAACAAACGGAAAGCCUAGUUCGUGGUUUUUAUGAGGUGGUUGAUGCAAGGCUUGUGUCUGUAUUUGAUGCAAGAGAACUGGAACUGGUUAUAGCUGGAACAGCAGAAAUUGACUUGAGUGACUGGAGAAAUAAUACAGAAUAUAGAGGAGGUUAUCAUGACAACCACAUCGUAAUUCGGUGGUUCUGGGCUGCUGUGGAAAGGUUCAACAAUGAGCAACGACUAAGACUUUUGCAGUUUGUUACAGGCACAUCCAGCAUACCUUACGAAGGAUUUGCCUCUCUAAGAGGGAGCAAUGGUCCAAGAAGGUUCUGUGUGGAGAAGUGGGGGAAGAUCACUGCUCUUCCAAGGGCUCACACUUGUUUCAAUCGUCUGGACCUUCCCCCUUAUCCAUCAUUCUCUAUGCUAUAUGAAAAACUGUUGACAGCAGUUGAAGAGACAAGUACUUUUGGACUUGAGUGAUGCACAAACCACAGUGCCCGGCUCUUUGGACUUUUGUGGAUCUGCCUUCUCAAAGAGUGAAUGAACGUUUGUAUUGGAUUUCCUAGAGGAAAAUUGUUUUAUGAUGCAAUUCAAAUAAUGAGGUUCCAUGAAAGAGCUUAUGAAGCAAUUAUAAAGCGUUGCGAUAGUGGCAGAAUUCUCUGCAGUGAAUCUAGAGUGUGCCUGACGUGCAGGGAAAAACAAGUCUUGCAAUCCACACUUUUUCAGGUCGGCCAAACUUGUUAUGUUUUAUUUUCUGAGCAAACAAGAAAUGUGUGAUCCUGUGUUGUGAUCAACCUGACUACUGCAAAACUGACAUGUACCUGAAAACUGGAUUUCACCAGAGCUGCUGAAUAGAAAAUUCAAGUCAAAAUGUGAAAUCAUUCAGGCCCCCACCUACUCAGUAAAUUAGCGAAAAAUCAUACGAUAUACUUUUUUUUUUAAGACUAUUCAUGAAGGUACAUUACUUUAUGCCAUAUGUUAUAACAGCAUAUUCAGUAUUUGCUAUACCUAAGACUACGAGUGCCUGCAUGGUGUGCACCAUAGAAUUCAAGUUCCUGUGACAGAAGUGAAUUGGAAGGAGAGUCAGUAAGAAAGGAUGCAAUAACAAUGGCUUGCAUUAAGGAGGUUUGUGGAAAUGUGUUUGCCAGUGCUGUAUAUGACAAAAGAUGAGCUGUUAAAUGAACUUAAUAACUUCAUAAAAUCAGACUGAUUUUAUGGUUUGUACUGCAUGGAAACUAUUUUAAGAAGAAACUAGAAAUUUAUCGCACCAUAUCAGGAAAAAAAAUCCUAACACAGCGACUUCUGUUUAUUUUUAUAGGUUCAUUGUAUUACGUUUCUUAGAGUGUACACAGGAAACAAACAAAAAUGCUCUUUCUGUUUUUGUCACUUUCCAUGCUUGAACAGACAUUCUGCUAGUGUUUAUUCUUUGAGCACUAUCAAAGGAAGAAAAAAAAGUCUUUUAUUUUUAUAAGAGUAAAAAACUCCCAAAAAUAUUUUGCACUGAAUGUACCAAAGUUGAUGGGACAUUACGAUCUGACUGACAGCAAACUGUAUCACUAUCAAGUAUCUAUAAAAACGCUUAGGAACCAGGCUUUCUUCACGGUGCCAUGUCUAUAGAUAUCAGGACUGUGCACAUAAGUAAUAAUUUUAUAAUACUAUAUGUGAUAUCGUAAUAUGCAUUUAUUUUAAAUGCAUCUGGAUCAUUUUUCAUGCAUUGGAUAACUUAAUGCAGUGGAGUUUAAUACAGAUAUUUCAUAUGCUCCCCACAACUUUUUAUUUGUACAGUACCAUGAAACACUAGCUCGUUUGGAAAUCUAUGAGUAACCUACUCUAAGGUGAGUCACUGGUCAUAAUGCCGCUGUUCAUAUCAAUGAACUCCUACAAGAUGUAAAGUGUUCAUUGUGUCUUGCCUCUUCACUGAUAAAUAGUUUUCUUAUAAAAUGUUAUUUGAAAGAAUUUUUAUGGUAUAUCAAACAUUGCAUGGACACAAAUUUCCUCAUGCUUAAUUUUGCUGAAAUACAAAAGGCUUGCUUGCAUCUAUUUUUGGUACUGUCCUCUAGAUGGUCUUGUGGAACACGAAUGCGGCUGAGCACUUUCUUGUACAGCUGCUGUAACGCAGUGCGUCCACAUGUUUUAAAUUCCAGGAAGUUGCACGUGGACACUGGAUGACAAGAACAUCAAUCUAGCUUUGCGCUAGUCUUCUUGGUAGCACUGAAGCACAGCAUGCCCUGUUUCGUGGGAAUAGUAGCCUCUGAAGUAAACUUAACGUUCUCACUUUGGAGAUUCUUGAAAGGGCAUCUCAGGGAGGUAUCCUGCUCGUUCCUGUGGGAGUGUUUUUCCUAUGGAGGUGAAUCUUAGCGGAGGUGUUGUCAGCAAAGACUGCCAUUCCACCCUCCAAGUGGGAAGGCAGGUGCAGCUGUGGUGGUGGCUGCAAAGACUGAGGAAACCCUUCAGGCUUCCUGAGCAAGUGUUACCUGUGCAAAGGAAACCCCACUUGCAAAAUCAGAGUGAAAGUAUUCUUUGAUUUCAGGAAUAAUUGAGCUUCUGCAUGACAUCUGGGACUGUUACCUAAGUAACAUAGGUUCUCCUGCUCUACUUCUGGCUGGCAUGAAGUAGCAAAGAAAAAUCCAAACAUCUCCCUAUUUUUACACAUAUAUUUAUCAGUCUUUGCUAAAAUUGCACAUCACAGAUGCUAAUGCACACCUUUUUUCAGAACACGGAUGAGCGAGCAGUAGGCAAACUCACUUUUCAUCAGGUCACUCCAGCAUGGCUCAUGUUUCAUAUGAUCCAUUCACUGAGUAGCUAAAACUCAGGCACUCAAAUCAGAGUGCAACUUUUGCUCAGUUGAAGGACUGCAGAAUUUUGAUUUUACACUCCUGUGUUAUCUGUGGUCUAAAAAGGAGAUUUCCCAGGUGGAAACUGUGUCUACGAUUUUUGAACCAGAAACUCCUUGGAAUGAAAAGUUUAAAUAUUUGGCACACAGUAAGUUUAUACUAGUCUGCCUUUAAGUUAUGCUUUUGUACAAAUCAAGAAGAAUAAAUGCAUCUUGUCAGUUUUUAUUUAAAUAUAUUUACUACACCUAUUUGUUCUGUGUUUAUGCAUACAUAAAUAAUUGAAAUCAGUCACGAUGAUCCAGUAUUCUGUAAAGAUGUGAUAGGAUCAACAGCGGGUCAGCUGUCAAAAGAAAUCUGGAAUCCAUGUAGCAUUAAGAUCCAGAGAGACUGAGAAGCUGCUUCUUGCUCUUUUGCUGCCAACAUCACCUGGAGGACUCUCAAGAAAUCCUAUUUGAAAGUGAUGAAGAGUUAGCUGCCCAGAUACAGCUACCUGUGCUGCCUCGAGCACGUGGCUGGCUCUCAGUGAUUAUAUAGGCAGUGCUGUUGCUCUGAAGAGAUAAGCAGGGAGGGUGUACAGAAAAGGAAGCCUGACCUUUGUCAGACCAGUACACCUCCUGGCUAUGGAGUGAAAUAUUCUCUCCUCAGUGUGGGAAGCCUUUCCCAUUGAACAUGUCCCAAGUGAUAGCCAACUUUUGUGUCCUGCAGAUGCAAUUAGCAACCAUAGCGCUUUAGCUUAUGUCACGCUGUGGCAGGCACAAGGGGCCAGAAUAGAGAAAGAUGAAGAAGCAUUUCCAAAAGCUCUGUACUUCCUCAGAGAUUUUCCAGACAGUGUUAAGGAGCUUUCCACUUAGGAAGGAAAAAAGCUAGUCUUCAAGAAGUAGACAAAAGAUUCCCUUCGGCUAUAGCCAUGAUGACAACCUGUACUAACUUCACCUACAGCAUCUCCAUCAGACAAAGUCUAAGCACCCGCAGAGUUGAAGUGAGGUGCCCAUGUUUCCUGCUGUGCCAGGAAGCUGAGCCAUGCACUGCUAGCCAAAAAGCAGCCAGCAGUCCUUGCACACUGCGUAAUGCCCAGCACCCCAGGAACCAUGCCCACCUCUUCCUGGGGUGCACCUGUGCCAGGUCUCAGCACCCCUGGGCAUACCAACAGUCAGCUGAACCACAACACUCCUAAAUACACCAGGAAAGCUCGUCAUCAUUGACUUUAUCCAAUGCGGUGCCUACUGUAGCAAGCAGUUACCCAUUCAAAAGCUGCAAGCCAGCGUGCUUACUGUAGCAGUGUUUUCACCCACAGCAGGUGGGAGAUGGCUGUCUGUUACCUUUGUAACACCUUCAGCAGCACGUUGCAGGUUAUCUUGUGAAAGUAUUCUUUCAAUCCAAAAUAAAAUCCCAUUUAACACGAUUCUAAUCAAAAGCAAACCUUUUCCCUCACUCUCUACCUGCUUUUUUCCUUGGUAUUCAUCAAAUAUUUGCCCCUUUCCUUGCUUUUAAAAAUAGUUUUUGUUGUCCAUGUUGUGAACCUACCAUAAAAAGGUGUUAAUAAUGCUUAGAGAGCAUCUAGGAUGAAAUCUGUCUGCAUAUGCAGGUGUGCUGGGCACAUCAUGAGCUCCACAUUAAAGCUGUUAACCUUAGUGAAUAUAUGUAAUCCUUAGUGAAACUGAAAAUCGAGGCAGCAGCAUGCUGGCAGGACAUCAGAUGAAGUUUCUGGCUUGAGAUAAACUGGCAGUGGACUGGCAGUUUGCUCAGUUUCAAAUUAUAGGAAAGAAAGCAGUUUUGUGGUUUCCUAUGUAUUUUUAAUCCUUUUUAAAAGUCAAAAAAAAAAAAAAAAGGCUUCCUUCUGAAGCAUUAGCACUGGUAUCAUCUGGUUGCUGACUCUAAUCUCAGUAGUAUUAAUUGCAGAUGUAAAGUCAUGCCAGUGCUAUCUGCAGAGGUUUCUGGAGAUGUAUGCAAGCAUCCUGUCUCUGGAAUGAAGGAAUUCCUGUGCACAGAAGGGGAAUCUCUGGUAGCUGUGUUUGAAUAGCCUGUGUAAGUUCAUUUCCCAUGGCAUAAAGCAAGUUAAUUCUUUUUAGUGAUUGAAACUUGCUUGUAUUAAAUUAUACUAGCAGUUACAUUUUCUUGCCACCGAUUUUAAGCGGAGGACUAAUCUAUUCCUGUUAGCACUAAUGGGAAUUGGGCAAUAAGGAUGGUCUCCAGUCGUAGUUACAAACUUAACCAGAAGAGUGUUAAUGUUAACCUUGAAGUAUUAAUGCUCAACCAUCACUGCUAUUUUCCCUUCUCAUCCCUUCCUCCCUGGGCAAGCAAAUUGAACUCCAAGCAAAAUUUCAGAAUAAUUACUCAAACGUGGCUUCUCAAACUGUUUGCAUUUUGGCUUUACUAUGCAGUCUGAAACAGAACUGCAGAAGUAUUAGGGGCUGAUUAGCUCACCAAUUGCAAGUAAAAAAAAAACUUUACAACUUUAUUAGCAUAGUCACAGUGGCUGCUGCUGGACUAGUCUAACCUUUUACUUAAAUAUUUUACAAUAAAAAAGCAUAAAGCAUUGAAUUUGAAAUUCCUUGCUUUCAGGGAAAAUAAAUAUAUGUUAGGUAAGUAGUAGGGGGAGAGAACUUUACUGUAAAUCCAUUAAGGUUAAAAGCCUUUUUAUGACCCAUUUUUGCUACUAACAUGCAAAAUUAUAAAGCUAGCCAUAUAAACACAUAGUUUUCACAGUGUGUGUGUGUUGGUUUACUUGUUGCAUGUAGGCCAUUAGCUUCACCGUGCUUCUGUUUGGUUUCAGACUGGUGCAAAUGCAGUAGACGUCUAAUAUUUCAAACAUUCAUUGCUAUGAAAAGGUUUUUAUUGAAGCAUUUGUAGUAUUUUCUAAAAUAGUUUUACUGGAAAGAAAAGUAUUGUUCAGGCUGAAACUUAAUUUAGGGCUCUACUUUACAGAUUUUGCUCAGUGACGUUAUGCCAUAGGUAUUGUAAGGUAAACUCAUGAUUAAUUUUAGAGUUCUGAUUAAAAUCAGUGACAUACUGACCAUUUUGUCACUGCUUAGAAAGACUACUGGCUGUAGGUAAAAGGAUGACAGUCAAGGACUCCUCUGAAUGGCUACAACCCGUAGUAGUAUCUGUAUGUAUUCAGAAUGCAAUUACAAUAUUUCCUGAGAGCUAUUGUGAAAAAAUUACUACACUCAUUAAUCAGCCCCCUUCUAAAUUGAUAAUUGGAAUUUUGAACUUGAUUUCUUUAUGUACCAAGUGCAGUCAGAUUACAUUGCAAAUGUAACCUGUAAAAAACAAAUAUAAUUGUAGAUGCCUUCUGACAAUUCUCUUAAACUCAUGGUGAAUGUGAAAGGAAGCCAAGCUGUUUCUUCAAUCCUAGAGUCCUUUAAAAAACUUCUGAGUAAUGAAAAUUGUGGUAUUUUUUGUUGUUUUUCCAGUUUGUGUUUGUUUGUUUUUAACUUCUAGAAACUUCUCCUUCGGCCCCUACUAGAAAAGGCUCUGUCUGUCUUAGAGGGUUUUUACUAAGCACUCAGGAGGUAUAUUGUUCCACUAAUUUAACAUAGUUUUGUGCUGACAUCAAUAUAAUCGGUUUUUAAACAUAGAGACCUACAAAACUCCAUAGGACUCUGGUCUCCCUUAUGCUGGGCUGCCUUCCAAAGGCUGGCCGUCCUCUCCUUUUUAAUUUCACAUAAUCCUGCAAUCACCUGGAGACAAAUGCUGAUGGCCUACACUGACUGUAACUAUAGUAUCAGAGUGAGAUUGUGGUGGUAUUUAUUUUUUCCAUCAAGAAUUAAACUGGUCUCCUUUGCAAUGAGAACCAGCUCCCUUCAGUACAAAGAGUCGAUGGGAUCGUAGUUCCUCUCACACUGUGAACAGUUGAAGAAAAAAGAUCUCUUAACCUAAUAGUACUAGAUGUUUUAUGGAAACCGGGCAUGUCAUUAGGUAUCCAAGGGUCAAAUGUGCUUUGACUUCAGUUUUGCCAAGUUCAUAGCGAGGCAGGGGAUUUUUCCUGUGAUAUUUUCUGUUGACAGAAUUGUCCAAUUCUCAUAAGCUGCUUCAGGCUGUUGGCUGGAAGCACAAGCCCUCACAGGGACGCAGGUGAGCGUGGAUCCGGAGAUCACAGCAGAGGGGGAAUUGUUUUUGUAGUGAGGUCCGUGCCUUCCACAGAUGGAGGCUUUGUCGUACAGCCCUUCAACUGGUUUCUUCCAAAGGGUAUUUCACAUCUCUAUUGCCUGUUAGUUGCAGUACAAGCAGCUCCUCACAUAUUCUAUUGACUAUUCAAAAGCUCUCGUGUUAAAUCAGGAGAAUUACAAUUUUUAUAGUUAAAAAUAUUCAUCUAACAACAGAAAUCUGGCCAAUGAAAAAAUACUUUGCUGAGACAUCAUAUUUGAUGGUCAUGCUGACUGUAGUCAGACAUUGGAGCCGAGAUUACUACAUGAAUAAGCAAAUAAAUCUCUGACGCCUCAUAAAUAGUGCUAAGGAAGGAAUGUAAUUGUAGGUGCUGUAAUGAUAAGAUAUGGCAGUUCUACAACAUGCGAAAUGGAGAUGUGGAACAGUGCUUAAAGUGGAGACAAGACUGAAAGAGUAGGGACAGGAAAAGGACUGGGCUUGGAAAUAGCUAGUGGGGCAGUGAGCUGUGCUGACCACUGGAUGUACAAAAGGAGAUACUUUUAGCUUGAAAAUUAGGCUAUGAUAAUGUACCAAGGAAAAAUGACUAUUUAUCCUGAAAUACAUUACUGUUACUACCACUGGAAGACAUGUUUUGGCUAAUUAUUUCAGGUUUUGAAAAUCUAAAGCACACAAUCUGAAAACCAUUUUCUGUUUUUGUUUAUUUCUUGUUUUACCUUUUUUUAUUUUUUAAUUUGACUGCUCUCAGGAAAAUGAAAGCUUCUAAAUAAGGGUCGUGUCUGGAAGUCCUUUUUAACUGGUUUUAAAAAUAAUUAUUAUAUUUACUACUAGCUGCAUUUGGCAAGAGAAAUAGUAUCUGUUAAAAAGUUAAAUCUUCACUACUUAAGAGGACUUUCAUUUUAAAUGUGAUGGGCCAAACCCCCAACAUUUAGCUGUGUGAAAACGUAGGUUUGUUUUUUUUAGUGUUUGAGUUUUGUGUUAUGGUUGUGUAAGAACUAUGAAUUUCCACAAAGAGUUUUUUUGUCAUUCUGGGAUUGAUGUGAAGUUUCUAAAGGUUAUUUAAGAUAAUAAAACUAUUCUCAAUUAUCUUGUUAGCUUUGGCCAAGCCGGUGCAAGUCUUGAGUUCAUUCACACUCCAGUGACAUUGUCAGAAAAAGUAUCAAGUAAGAGGACAGGAAGAAUUUCAAGACCUAGUCGUCUACCUAAAAGCUGACCUGGUUCUUUACCUAAAAGCCAAGACUAUUGGAUAUCCAAGUCUGGUAUAAAAGUAAAAAGAAGAAUUCCUUGCAAGUUUUCUUCUUCAGCAUGGUAACUGAGGUGGGAAGAGUUUCAUGUAAACUUAAGUCCUAAACUAGAAGACAUUUAGUGUGUUGGACCAUAAUGGUUCAAUAGUUCCAUAGAGCAGGACAUUUUUCUGCAACGAGUCUGCAACACUCAGGAGACUGCUGUUUAUUAUCAGCAUUGCAGGGAGGAAGACGAAUUAUAAUAAUAUUAAGUACGUAUAUCAUCUUAGGAGGAUGCUUUUUCUUUGUACUCUGUUUUUCCUUGGAAUGAAAUAGCCUUGAGGGCAUCCACAAAUUCUGAUCAGCAAGGCUGCUUUUUGUAUAAGUGAUUGAACAUUUACACUUGUAAGGCUUGGUACAGUAUGGAAGGAGAAUACUUUGGAGUAAAGAAGGUCUUGAGGGAUGUGGUGUAGAGUACUGGCUCCCCCAGGUCAGUCAGUAUUCUUGCCCUUGCUAGGCUAUGGUUUGGGUCAGCAUGUUUGAAAGCGCAUAUAGUUUUACAAGUUUUUGUAGUGGGGAUGCAGGCAUCCAGAAUCUUAACAGGUAUAUAGGUGCAUCUCCCUCAUUUUUGACAAUUACUUGAUAUAAUUUUAUACCAAGUUAUUUGUUUUUAAAGAAUUUCAGGCACUGAGAAUAUAGAGUGCAUAUUUAUUUCUAAGCUUUAAGUAGAACACGUGGUGUAUUUUUUAAUCCUUUCCAUAUGUUUCAGUUAAGUGUUCACAAGACUAUAUAUCAAAUACAAUACCAAGUUUUUCUAUCUUUCUACAAGCUAAUUUGUUUCAUCUGAAUUUGGUAUAUGUCUUUCAAAAAAUACUAAAUGGGGAAAAUGUGCUUCAAGCAUUAAGAUGGUGUAUGUCCUUUUCUCCAUUUACAUUGCAUCACAUUUCACUUUUUUUCUUUGAGGCAGAGAGAGCAGAUAUGAAAUGUGUUGAGUGUUUGAUGGGCAUUUUGUUGUGCCUGGCUUCAAAGAUUGUACUGUAAUGUUUGACUGCUCACACAUUCACAUAAUUAUCUACUCAGUUGAAUACAGGACUGCUGUGUUUUAUUUCCUGUUAUUCAAAAACAAUUGGGGAAAAGAUUUUUCUGUGUAUAAUUUUAUUUUCGUACUGAUCUCUAUUUUGUUUAAGACCAUGUUUCAUCAUGAAAUCACUUAAUUAAAAUAAAUCUUCUUACAAAAUCCA